UGUCUUAUGAAAGCUUCCCUGAGCAGGAAGAUUGUAGGAGUGGAGUUUUUUCUCUUCGACUUGACUGGCUGGUUCUGACGCCAUGGUGUUGGCAGUGUUACGCUAACGUCUCUGAACGCUGUCUGGGAAACACUUAACAUCAAGAAAACGUUCUGGAAGGAUGCUAUAUUAAAUGAUCUGAGGUCUUCCUGUGUUUCGGAUUUUGAGUUUACGUUGAGGCUUGAGCUAUGGAAUCUUUAGUGAGUUAUCCGCCGUGGGAUCCCAUUAUGCUGGAGAAAUCAGAGAUGGAACGCUACAUUGGAGAGAAGGAACUUGAAGAAAACAUGGUGAUCCUGGACCUAUCCGGGCGGGGCUUAAAGCGGCUAGACAGGGUGCGGCCCGCGGCGGACGAGGCCACGCCCUCUUCGUGCACCACCCUCAUCCUGGACAGGAACGCUAUCUCUAAAAUCGAACACUUGGAGGAAUACCACAUGCUGCAGCAGUUGUCCAUCGCCAGUAACCGUUUGGUUCGCAUGAGCGGCGUGUCGAGGAUAGCCACGUUGCGCGUGCUCAACCUUCCCAACAACAGCAUUCAGGCCAUCGAGGGUCUGAGAGACCUCAUCAACCUGGAGUGGCUUAACCUAUCCGGGAACAGCAUCAAGGCUAUUGAUCAUCUCAACUGCAACAUGAAACUGAAGCAUCUGGACCUAUCCGACAACAGCAUAUCGUCGAUAACGGACAUCUCCAUGCUCACCAAUCUCAAGACUCUGUUACUUCACGGCAACAUCCUAACGUCCCUCAGGAGCGUGCCGGCCUACUUCCCAACGUGCAUUGAAAUCCUAUCCCUGGCAGAAAAUGAAAUCUCCGACCUGGCAGAGGUAUCCUAUCUGUCCUGUUUGUCCAGGCUACAGCAGCUCUCCAUCAUGAACAACCCUUGCGUCAUGAUGGCCACGUCGUCCUCAGACUUCUGCUUUGACUACAGGCCCUACAUCGUCAACUGGUGCCUGAGCCUGCAUAUACUGGACGGCUAUGCAAUCACCCAGAAAGAAAGUUUGAAGGGCGAGUGGUUGUACAGCCAGGGUAAAGGUCGGUGGUUUCAUCCUGGUCAGCACGCUCAGCUCAUUGAGUACCUGAGCCAUACCUGCCCACUGACUAAUGAAACGGAGCUGCAGUGCAAAGAAGACGAGAAAUUGGUCAAAGUGCUGAAGCAGCAGCGGCUGCACCAGAAGCAGCUACGACGGGGCCCCGCCCAGCCCCACCCGGCCCAACCCGAGUCACACCCACACCGCUCGCCCCAGCAGGCCCCCCUCACGCCCACGCCCGCACACCUCAAGCACUCCCCAACGACAAGGGCCGGCGCGUCUUCGCCGACCCGGCAUUCCCCUGCGAGAAACACCAAGAACCUCCCCAAAAGCACCUCCCCUAAGCCCCCGGGCGUGACCAUGGGCGUGGCUGUGGUCUCACCCGCCCCUGUUGCCUCCCCAUCUCCCCAGGGCGUGGCCGAUGGGCGACAGCUAGUAGGGAAGGCUGCGUGGGACUUGGAGCAGGUGCAUUUGAACUUCAAACCAGCAUCCACGGAGCGAGAGAAUUUACUCGAUAUGGUGCUACAGGAUCUGGAAGAUGAGGAAACGAUGAGUAAUACCAGUCAGCUGGUUUCCGAGUCCUACUACUUACCCGUCACCGAGUCCUCGCCCACAACCCACGACGAACGACCAGUCACCGCCCCGCCCCACACCAUCCCCUCCCGCGACAUUGAUGUGCUAGGCGACACCAAGUCACAACGACCUGCGACGGCAUUCACCUUUAACUCCGAUCUGGGUCAUGUGUCGGGGCAUCUUGACCCUGGUCACGACUCUUACACCCCCACGCACGGGGUCACAAAAUACGAGGCGUACGACAGCAGGCCUAUGAAACCGCUAGCUAAGAAGAAGCUCGGGACUGCCAAACUCGCCGUCCACACCACGCCAAGCUCUAAGGCAACCCGCAAGCCGAGAUCCCAGACCAGGCAUUCCAAUCCCAGCACCCCUACCCCCGGCACCCCUACCCCCGGAACACCAACAAGGAACCGCUCCCCCAACCCUGAGGCAUCCAGGAGAGAUGACACCUACAGUAGCGCGGAGCUGAAACGAAUCAAGGAAAUCGCCAACAGCCGGAAGAUAAGCAAAUCGCCCUCCGCGCCAUCUUCACUGUCCUCGCCGUCUCCGACCAAGCAGAGCAAGAAGAGGGACCGGCGGGGGGUCACCGUGGAAAGGCUCGACCCCAGAGGUCAUCAGGUCGAAGGUCAAGGUCAUCAGCCGCAGGUGUUGGGCAGGGCCUCGUCUAACCAGGACGUCAGCAGGGAUAAUCAAGCAAAGGGUGCAACCAGAAGUAAAAGCAUGGAGAAAGAGGAGAAAGCAGCCAUCAAGAUCCAAGCUUACUGGCGAGGCCAUCGUGCCAGACGACGUGACCCCGUGGUCGUCGACACCCGGAACGCCAUCCGAGUCCAACGUGUGGACGACCACAUCAAGUUCCUCAACAGUGAGCUAGAAAGGACGAGGCAAUUGUACGAGCAGGAAAGGCAGCUACGCACUCUUCAGAUGGAAGCGUUGAAACUGCUCUGGUCACAGGUGAAGACAUUGCACGACUGGAAGCAUGACAUGGAGGUGAAGGCUGAAGCCUCGCCCGGCCGUAGACAGACCAAGAGCGUAGCCACCUCACCACUGUUCACCAGGAACGGAGAGGGAGGACAAGAGUUUGUCUUCCCAGAGCCCAAGGCUGCCAGCCAUGCUGAUGCUGGACAAGAAGGCCUCCAACAGCAGGUUAAGAGGCUACAGGAGUCCAUGGAUGCUAUUGUCAGCCUGAUAGCUGCUGGUGGAUUGAAUGAGGCACAGUCUUCAAAUCAGCCGCCGCAGUCGCCCUCCCCGCUCCGCAAAAUCAAGAGACCACAGACUGUGUCAUCACCACGAGAUUCGUCAGGAAUCUCCUUGCCGAAGCCGAGCACUCCGCAGAACCUGCGCGCAACCCUGCACUCCGACACGAGCCUCUCCCUGAGCUGGGAGCCCUCUACAGUCAGCGAGGAACCAUCGCCAUCCACUUCUGGUCUCUCUGUAUGUGGCUAUCGGUUGCUGGUCAACAAGGAUGAGCGCCCUCAAGAGGCGAUUGAGGUGCCGACCUCCCAGGCAAUCUUGGGGGGACUGCUGCCAGGGACCUAUAGAUUCACGGUGCAAGCCUUCACAGCAGCCAAUCAGACGUCAGAAGAGUCGGAUGCCGUUUGUGUUGACAUUCCUCCAAUAAGCAAGUAUGCUGAACAGGGCAAGACAGAAGAUGCUCCCGCAGAGGCCCAGCAACGCGUAGAUGGUGUCACAGAGGACGCCUGCAAACGCGUAGAUGGUACUGUCGAUUCUGAUGAUGCUGAAAGCCAAGAAGCCUUUGAGGAUGCACACCUCAAUAGCCUGCCUCCUUCUCCGGAGCCGCCCCUCGUCCAAGCCGUCAUUGAUGAUGCCAUGCUUGAGAAUAUAGCCGCUUACACAGUGGCUCGUGAAAUGAGCCUUGCGAUUGUUGAGCAGGCCAUGGAGGCAGCUCUAAAUGGGGUUGGUUCGUCCGGAGAUGGUUGUUUUGGUGUCCCCCCAACGAGAGAUGACCCUAACGGGGAUAGUUCAUCCGGAGGUGGGACCUCCGGAGGAAGUGGAGGAGGAGGAGGAGUCAGCGACAAGGCUUCCAAGAGUCCUACCACAGAGUUAUCCCAAGAUGGUAGCAACCCAAACACCAACGUUACAUCAGUGCAGCAGGGUGUGGCACAUGAUGACCACCAAUCUCGAUCCAAGGAAAGCCCAGAGACUCCCGAUGGAAAAGUUGGGCUUAGGGAAGCUUUCUCAGAGGUCUUUGCGACAUCUCAACAGAGUGAUCAGAGAGACGAGGAAGGAGAUGAUGAUGUCUUCUCCUUCCCAGUGAAGGAUCAGAAGACGGGGCUCCGAACCUCGCCGAGCAACCUGGGAGACAAAUCUGGCAAUGUUCGAGAAGGCUCAACCUCCAAGAAUGACCUCUACUUACCAGUCUUCAGCAUCGAGGGGCCAAAUCAGCUCGGCUCGGCUGAGAAUUCAGCCUUCUCCACUGCCUGCAGUGUCCUAUCCAGCAAAAGGCGUGCCACUGAUCCCUUCAAGACUCAGUCAGGACAGUCCUCUAGCAGCUCCAAGACUUGGACCCACAGGUCAUUGGAGAACCCCUUCAGAGGAGCCAGGGAGGUCAUGAGGAACUUGUUAAUGCGAGACAAUGGCAGCCGGAGCCCAUCUCCCAAGAGACCCUGCAAGCAGCGGUCGAUGUCACACACCGCCCCAGAGCACCAGAAAUCGCCUGAGCUCCGCGAGUUUAAGCCCAAGACCAGCAAACUGGCCAUCAAUUUCUCACAAGCGAAACCAGAAGCCUUCUCCACAGGACAGUAUGAUUUUGAACGUCCUACGAGCACUGAACUCGAAGCCUUAAACUUGGAGCUGUCUUCAUUGAAACUAAGCAAGGACAUUUAUGAGAAGGAUACGAGUCGGCAGGAUUAUCUUAGUAAUGAUGCCUCCGCGGGUCUUAAUGAGGUAUCCAGGAUUAUGAGUAGGUUAGAAGCAGAUGGGAGUAAUGCCUGUACCUUGAAUGGUUAUGACACUCCUCCAGGCUUAGUACGUUUGGCAUCACCAGAAGGAACCCUGGACAGCGGCUCAGAUUCAGGUCUGCCGGCCUCCCUGGAGAAAAGCCACUCGGAUGCCUCCAUCUUGGAGCCCUCUCCGCAAGCUUCCUCAAGCGACCCGGACAGUGAGGUUGCCCCUGGCAGGAGGUUCGUCAAACACGGCUCCCUCUACAAGAAGCACAACGCCUCGGGCGCUGCCAAACAGAUCAAAGAAACCCACCAACCCGAGCCAAACUUGGAGUCUGCCAGGGCAAAUCAGAGAAGCCCGACAAGCCUGGGGUCGCCAGGGAAAAGCAGACUACCAAGGAUGUUCUGCGGGAUCCCCGAGCCCAGAGCAAGGUCGGCUUCCCCGUCAACCAAGACAGUAUCUCCGAAGAAGAAGACAUCUCAUUUCUUUGGCAACGGGAAGAGCAAACCAGACAAGGUAAGUCAACCAUCUCUGCUUUCUCAUUUUGUAAUUGUGCUAAAUUUGAAAUGGUUUUGAGGAUCUGUUUGUUAUCCUGAGCUGUGAAGGCCAACAAAACAUUAUUGUUGCGACUGUGAAUGUGCUGAGGU